GCUUGGCCAGCAGUGCCAGGGCGGAGCUGCAGGCGGCUGUGCCCAGGGGACAGCAGACACUCCUGAGCUGCUAGGCUGGGAAGCCGCAAGACUGCUCUGCUCCGCGGUGCCACGUCCUCCUCUGGAGCUCCUUGCAGAUCCCGCUCGGUCUUCUCUUCGCUCUUGGGCUUGACUCCGCUUUUGAGAGGUUCCUUUGUCUCCGGCUUGUGUAGACUCUUCCUGGGAAGUGAAGUUGUGGACUCCUGACCUCCAGUCCUGCCAGUCCCAACCUCGGGGUUUGGGUGUGAUCACUCAUGGGCAAGGGGUUUGGGCUCCUGAGGAAAACCUGCCAGUCAGUUGUGGCUGAGCCUCAGCAGUACUCAGCGCUGGAGGAAGAGACGAGCAUGAAGAGGAAGAGAGUGUUGUCUAGAGAACUCUGCAGUGCCUGGGACCGCCCUCAUGGUCUGGUUGGUUUACACAACAUCGGACAGACAUGUUGCCUUAACUCCUUGAUUCAAGUGUUCAUGAUGAACAUGGACUUCAGAAUGAUAUUGAAGAGGAUUACAGUGCCUCGAGGGGCGGAAGAACAGAAGAGAAGCGUCCCUUACCAGCUGCUUUUGCUGCUGGAGAAGAUGCAGGACAGCCGACAGAAAGCGGUGCGGCCCACAGAGCUCGUUCAGUGCCUGCAGAAAUACAACGUGCCGCUGUUUGUCCAGCACGAUGCUGCUCACCUCUACCUUACAAUCUGGAACCUGACUAAGGACCAGAUCACGGACGUAGACUUGGCAGAGCGGCUGCAGGCUCUGUUCACAAUCUGGACGCAGGAGUCCCUGAUUUGCGUGGGCUGUACAGCGGAGAACAGCAGGAGGAGCAAGCUGCUCACCCUCCCUCUUCCUCUUUUUGACACGGACUCAAAGCCUCUGAAAACCCUGGAGGAUGCCUUGAGAUGUUUCUUCCAGCCCAAGGAAUUAGCAAGCUCUGACAAGAUUUUCUGCGAGAGCUGUGGGGAGAAGGCGCCUUGGAAACAGGUUCUGAAGCUGACUCAUUUGCCCCAAAUCUUGACCAUUCACCUCAUGAGAUUCUCUGCCCGGAACUCACAGACGGAAAAGAUCUACCAUUCAGUAUGUUUCCCUCAGAGCCUGGAUUUCAGUCAGGUUCUGCCAGCAGAGGAAGACCCUGGGGACACCAAGGAACAGUCUGAAAUACACUAUGAACUCUUUGCCGUGAUUGCCCACGUUGGGAUGGCUGACUUCGGUCAUUACUGUGCCUACAUCAGGAAUCCCAUGGAUGGAAAAUGGUUCUGCUUCAAUGAUUCACAUGUUUGUUGGGUGACCUGGAAGGAUGUCCAGUGUACCUACGGGAACCACAGAUAUCGCUGGCGGGAAACUGCCUAUCUCUUGGUUUACACGAAGACUGGAUCCUGACAGAUAUACUCACACCUUCAGAGUGAGAGAUUCUUAUCUCCUCUCCUGCACCCAUGUUUGCUGCAUUUCAACGAGAAUUAUAAUUUAAAAAACCAUAAUUAAGCCCUAUUUAUAAGCAAGAAUUAUUACUGCUAUGGUUUGGAUGUAGUUUGUCUCUUGAAAGGCUUGGUCUUUAGUAUGGCAGUGUUUAGGUGACAGAACUUGUAAGAGACAGGUCCCAAUGGGAGAUAAUGGGUUCAUAGGAUCUCUCUUCUGUGCACUAAUAGUUCUUUUUCUGUUUCUCUACCCUGCUGUGAUACAACAUGCCUAUGUCAAACUGGCUGGAUCCUCCAGCCUUCAAAAUUCCAAGUCAAAUAAAUGUUAUUACACACUA